AUGAAAUUCAUUUUCUAUUUGCUAGUAAACUUGGCGCUAGCCAUUGCAUAUAUACCGGAUAUAAAUAUAGAUCAGCAUCAACAACAACAGCAACAACAACAACAGCUAAAUACAAAACCUACGUCUGAAAUUAUUGAUGAAUUAUCAUUAAAUAACUUACUACAAAUCAAUUACAAGUCUGAUAUAAGUACAUAUCAAUUAUCAAAUGGCAUAAAAUUUGAUUCAGGAAGACUAUUAUUUUCGAAAUUAGAUUCAAUGUGGUCAAACCUCAAUUUACCAACUUCAAAUGAAUUUACAAUUGAAAUAGUAUUCAGAUCAACUGGAAAGUCUCAAGAUAUUCGAUUCAGUGAUAACAACUUAGCGAUCUGGAUUUAUGAUGAUUCUAUAUCUACUAUUGGAUCUAAGAAUUUCGAUGGGUUUAAAUUCUUAAUCAAUAAUAAUCAACAACAAGGUUUAAAAAUUUUUAAUAAUGAUGGAAGUGAUGCGGAAAAAUUCAAUUUAGAUGAGUCAUUAGGAGAUUGUCAAUUCAGAUAUUUGGAAAGUGAUGUACCUUUUACUUUAAGAAUUUCAUAUAGUAAUCUUAAAAAUUGGUUUAAAAUUCAAGUAGAUAAUAAUCUAUGUUUUAAAACUAAUCAUGUGAAAAUACCAGUUGGAAAUUAUAAGUUAGGAUUAACUAGUUUUAUAAAUUCUCAAUCAAAUGAAGAAUUCGAAAUCUUAGGACUUAAAGUAUGGGAUAAGGUAAUUGAAGACGCAAUAGAUGAUCACGGAAUAAUGAUUGAUGGAGAAUUGAAAGUUGAUACAAUUACUAAAGUUGUUGAUACACCAAAGGAUGAUCAUGUUAGACCGAAUGUCGUUAGGGAAUCUUUAAUGGAGAGGGCAAGAAAACAUAGAGAGGAAAUGCUUAUGAUGGAACAGCAGAUGAACCAAAACAAUGAAAUCAAAAAUCAACCUGAUUUAUCAAUUGUACUUGAUAGAUUAAAUGAUUUAGAAUUUUCAAUAGCAGAUUUAUCAAAAAUUGUUGGAUCUAACGGAAUUUCAUCAUCUAGUUCAUCUUCAAACUCUCCAUCAUCACAAGAAAUUUCUGAAUUAAAAGAAUUAAUUCAACAAUCUCAAUCAGUUGUAAAUAAUUUACAAAAUAUAAUAGCAAAACAAUAUAUUGAAUUAUUAGAUUCAGUAUCACAAUUAAAUCAAAAAUUAAUAGGUGAAGUAAGAGAACAACAUUUUGGUAUGGAAGAAAUUUCAAAAAAAGUAGAUUUAUUAAUGAAUGAACAUAAAGAAGUUAAAUAUCAAUAUCAAAAACAAAAAAUUGAAGAAGAAUCAUUGAAUUCAAAUGAUAAACCAAGAAUAUCAAAUAAUGAUGGAGUUAUAUUUGAUAAAAUUAUUAAAUGGAUUUUAAUUCCUUUAAUUAUUGUAUUAUUGGCUUUAGUAGUCUUUGUAUAUAGACUUAGACAUGAUAUAAAACAUUCUAAAUUACUUUAG